UAGGCACUUCCCGCUCCCACAUUCCCUAAUCCUCUCUUUCUUUCUUUCUUUCUCUUUUCCCUUCAAUUCUCUUGAAGGGUAUUCUAUAGUACAUGAGUUCUUGCAUCACUUGCACGCGUUAAACUAUUUCUUGUACACUUUGCACACACACACACAUAUACAUAGUACUAUAGUGGCCUAAGAAAUCUGUAUAUUACACAUUAUACCAGUGUCCUCACAACCCUAUUUUGAGGUUUUUUCAUCAUCUUGGGUUGAGAUAUAGCUUGAAAGAAAAUAUUUCAUUCCAAUGCAGAAAUCCAUGGGGCCCUGUUUUUCAAUGGCUCCCCUGUUUUUCUUGCUAGGGGUUCUUGUUCCUCUAGCAUUGGCCGGCCAUGAUUAUGGUCAAGCUCUGAGUAAAAGCAUUCUGUUUUUUGAAGCUCAGAGAUCUGGUUACUUGCCCGGUAACCAAAGAGUUCGAUGGAGGGGAAAUUCCGGUCUCAAUGAUGGAAAAGUUAGCGGGGUGGAUCUGGUAGGAGGAUAUUAUGAUGCAGGGGACAACGUUAAGUUCGGACUCCCAAUGGCAUUCACCAUUACUAUGAUGUCUUGGAGCAUACUGGAAUAUGGAAAGCAAAUGGGGGGUGAACUAGGACAUGCCCUCAAUGCUGUUAAGUGGGGCACCGAUUAUCUCAUCAAAGCCCACCCCCAACCCUAUGUCCUCUACGGAGAGGUCGGAGAUGGAGAUACUGACCACUACUGCUGGCAAAGGCCGGAAGACAUGACCACUUCAAGAGCUGCUUACAGAAUUGAUCCGAGCCGCCCUGGAUCUGACCUCGCCGGCGAGACUGCCGCCGCCAUGGCCGCUGCUUCCAUCGUCUUCCGCCGUUACAAUCCCUCCUACUCGGCGGAGCUCCUCAAGCACGCUUACCAGCUGUUUAAUUUCGCCGACAAGUACAGAGGCAAAUACGACGCCAGCAUCACCAUCGCGCAGAAAUACUACCGAUCUGUCAGUGGAUACGCAGAUGAAUUGCUGUGGGCAGCAGCCUGGAUGUACAAGGCAACAAACAACCAAUACUACUUGAAUUACCUGGGCAACAAUGGCGAAGCUCUCGGAGGAACUGGCUGGGCCAUGACUGAGUUCGGCUGGGAUGUUAAAUACGCCGGAGUUCAAACCCUCGUUGCCAAGUUUUUGAUGGCUGGGAAAGGCGGGCGGAACACGCCCGUGUUCAGGAGGUACCAGGAGAAGGCGGAGUUCUUCAUGUGUUCAUGCCUAGGCAAGGGCACCAACAAUGUCCAGAGGACCCCUGGAGGCCUAAUUUUCAGGCAGAGAUGGAACAACAUGCAGUUUGUUACCAGUGCUUCAUUUCUAAUGACAGUCUACUCUGAUUACCUGACCUCUGCCGGAAAGUCUCUCAGGUGUGCGCGCGGCAAUGUGUCCCCUGCCGAGCUCCUUUCCUUUGCAAAAUCCCAGGUGGACUACAUCUUGGGGGACAAUCCGCGAGCCACGAGUUACAUGGUCGGAUACGGGAACAAUUACCCGAGGCAAGUGCACCACAGGGGUGCCUCAAUCGUGUCGUAUAAGGUCAAUCCCUCGUUCGUUAGCUGCAGGGGAGGGUAUGCAACUUGGUUCGGCAGAAAGGGUAGUGAUCCGAAUGAGCUCACCGGCGCCAUUGUUGGUGGCCCGGAUGCUUAUGAUAAUUUUGCAGAUCAGAGGGACAAUUAUGAGCAAACUGAGCCGGCUACUUACAACAAUGCUCCAUUGUUGGGAAUACUGGCAAGGCUUAAUGGUGGGCACAGUGGCUACAAUCAGCUCCUUCCAGUGGAGUUACCUGCACUUAGACCAAUUGCUAACAAGCCCAGGCAAGCAGUGAAUCAUACUCCAGCAAGAUCAUCAAGCAGAAUUACAAUUUCUCAGAAGAUAACAAGUUCAUGGGUUCUCAAUGGGAGGACUUAUUACAGAUACAGAGUAACUAUUACCAAUAGAUCUUACAACAACUUGAAGAACCUGAAGCUUUACAUAUCCAGGCUGUAUGGCCCAUUGUGGGGUCUGACGAAGUACGGUGAUUCAUUUUACUUCCCACCAUGGCUCAACUCAUUGGGCUCCGGAAGGAGCAUUGAGUUUGUGUAUAUACAUUCGGCAGCCCCUGCUCAGGUCAUGGUUUCAAGCUACAAUCUUGCUUAGAUGCAUAACAGCUGAUACAAGAACUCAAUUGCCAAUCUGGAUAACGAUGAUGGCGUUUUCAUUGAAGGUGAAGAGAAGAGUGAAGAGACAGAUUUAAAACAGAGCUCAUCCUCUUUCUUCUGAGAAUGUGUGUGUCAUGUUUUUGUGUGGUUAUAUUCAAACAGAUUUUUGUGUC